AUGGAGCAAGUGAACAACGUGACAGAAUUUAUCCUGCUUGGCCUGACCCAGAACCCAGCCAUGCAAAAACUCUUAUUUGUUGUAUUUUUACUUAUCUACAUUCUCACUCUCAUCGGUAACCUACUUAUUGUUGUAACAGUCACCACCAGCCCAAACCUGGAUUCCCCCAUGUUUUUUCUGUCCUUCUUAUCCUUCAUAGACAGCUGCUGUUCUUCGACCAUGGCUCCUAAAAUGAUAUUUGAUCUGCUCAGUGAAAACAAAGCAAUCUCCUUUGGUGGGUGCAUGACACAGCUCUUUGCAGAACAUUUCUUUGGGGGAGUCGAGAUAAUUCUGCUGACCGUGAUGGCAUAUGAUCGUUAUGUGGCCAUCUGCAAACCUCUACAUUACAUGAUCACAAUGAAUAAGCGAGCGUGUAACAUCCUGGUGUCAAUGGCCUGGGCUGGAGGACUUGUUCAUGCUUUGAUUCUUUUUAUGGUCUGGUUGCCCUUCUGUGGUCCAAAUGUCAUUGACCAUUUCAUCUGUGACCUUUUCCCUCUCCUCAAGCUCUCUUGCACUGAUACUCAUAUCUUUGGACUCUUUGUUGCUGCCAACAGGCCUCUGAUCGCGGCCAACAGUGGCUCACUGUGUUUGCUCACUUUCACUGUGUUGCUUGCUUCCUAUGUGAACAUCCUGUACUCCCUGAGGAAUCACAGUUCUGAGGGACAUCACAAAGCCCUGUUCACCUGUGCCUCUCACAUCACUGUGGUGAUCUUAUAUUUUGUACCUUGUUCAUACCUGUACCUAAGGCCUAUAGUUUCAUUCCCAGCUGACAAACCUGUGACUGUGUUUUGUACCCUAAUAAUACCUAUGUUGAAUCUGUUAAUCUACACUCUCAGGAAUGUGGAGGUCCAGAAGGCUAUGAAGAAGCUCUGGGUUCAAAUAAUAAAGGCUGUGAUAUCCAGAUUCACCAAUGUUCACAAACAUGAAGAGGUUUUCAAAAGUAUGGUGCACAACAUAGAACCUAAACUAGAACCAAAGUACUUCACUAACCUCAACUCAACUGCAGAUCUAAAAGUGACCACUAAUGACAUUUGUGUGUACCAACUGGGAAAUGUGAAAUUUACUGAUUAUUGCCUAGGCAGUGAUUUCAGUACAACUACUUAG